AAAACCAAAUUCAGUGCCAUAUAAUAUAAUAUACAAGACAAAAGAAACAUCUUUAUCCAAUCACAAGAACUUUGAAAUUUUUCUACAUGUAUUGGCAUGGAGUGAUGGCUGGCCAAAUGGGUCAUAUGGAGGAAGAGGUAUGGAGGAAGGGACCAUGGACUGGUGAAGAAGAUAGGUUGCUUAUUGAUUAUGUUAGGAUGCAUGGUGAAGGAAGAUGGAACUCUGUUGCUAGGCUUACUGGAUUAAAAAGGAAUGGAAAGAGCUGCAGAUUAAGAUGGGUGAAUUACCUAAGACCAGAUCUCAAAAGGGGUCAAAUAACACCACAAGAAGAGAGCAUAAUUUUAGAACUGCAUGCUAGAUGGGGAAACAGGUGGUCAACAAUCGCUAGAAAUUUACCGGGAAGAACGGACAAUGAAAUAAAGAAUUAUUGGCGGACUCAUUUCAAGAAAAAGGCAAAAAAUCCCUCUGACGCUGCAGAAAAGGCGAAAAAUCGAUUCAUGAGGAAACAACUAUUUCACCAACAACAACAACAAUUGCAACAACAACAACAAUUUAACUUAGACAUGAAAAGUGUGAUGUCCUUGGUUGAGGAAAAUAAUAUUAAUAACUAUAGAGUGCCUUAUAUAUCUCAAGCUAGACAAGAAAUGUUUAAUAUGUGUCCUAACAACAUAGAAGAGCAGGGUUACUUUAUGCUUAAUGGAAACUCUUCUGUACCUGAGGCAUCAGUUGAAGAUAUUUUGUGGGAUGGACUUUGGAAUUUGGAUGAUGUUCAUGGCAAUUUUAGUGUUGCUAAUGCAACAAACAAAAAUGGCCUAUACAAUUUAGUUUCUCCCUAUUGCUAAUGUUAUUUGGUUAAGGAGAUUUAUAAUAAGUACUCUUAGUUUAAUUAGAUUAAGUUAUAGUUUGAUGUAAGUCUCCAAAAACCAGGAGCUUUUGAUUUGUUACAUAAGGUGUGUAGUUGAGUUAGUAAAAUAAUGUUCUGAAGGCUAUUUAUUAUGUAACCUGUCAAUAAAUAAAGUGUCUCAAUUUUGCUUAUAAAGCUCAAUGAAUUUCCAUUU